CACCCCUUCCCUGAAGAGGUCCUGGGCCCGGCCAGCUUCCUGCCUGCGGAGCACAGAAGCGCAGCUCACAGAGCACAGCUCCCAUUUGCUAUUUCCACAUGGAGCUGGGGCGAAACCGUGCUCCUUAAUUUUAUAACAUUUGGGAAACAGGACGCAGGGGGUCAAAAUGAAAGCCCUCAUCUUUGCAGCCGCUGGAGCCAUGCUUCUGUCACCCACUUUCUGUGGAAGCGGUAUGGACAAUGAUGCAGAGGACUUGGCAAAGCCAACAAUGCCUGUUAGGGCCUAUCGAGGAGCUCCCACAAGUGUUUUUGAACCGUUCCCCUUUCCUAACUACGAAGACUGGACAGGAAGCACACCUGAAAAAAUAAAGUGCCCUGAAGGAAGUGUUUCAAAGCUCCACGUGAGCAAUGCCACCAUUGGGUAUCUGAGCAGCUCCUUAAGUACCAAACUGAUACCUGCCAUCUACAUCCUGGUGUUCGCAGUGGGUAUGCCAGCCAACGCCGUGACCUUGUGGAUGCUCUUUUUCAGGACCAGAUCCAUCUGUACGACCACCUUCUAUAUCAACUUGGCCACCGCAGACUUUCUCUUCUGUGCCACGCUGCCCUUUAAAAUUGCCUACCACCUCAAUGGAAACAACUGGAUAUUUGGAGAGGUCAUGUGCCGGGCCAUCACCGUCAUCUUUUAUGGCAACAUGUACUGCUCCAUUCUGAUCCUCGCCUGCAUCGGCGUCAGCCGCUACCUAGCCGUUGUCCAUCCUUUCACGUACCGGCGGCUGCCCAAGCGCACCUAUGCUUUGGUAACAUGUGGACUGGUGUGGGCAACUGUUUUCUUGUCCAUGCUGCCGUUUUUCAUUCUGAAGCAAGAGAAUUAUCUUGUCCACAGGGACAUCACCACCUGCCACGAUGUCCACAACGUAUGCGAGUCUUCAUCUCUCUUCCAACUCUACUACUUCAUCUCCUUGGCAUUCUUUGGAUUCUUAAUUCCAUUUGUGGUCAUUAUCUACUGCUACACAGUCAUCAUUCAGACGCUUAAUGCAUAUGAUCAAAGGUGGUUGCGGUAUGUCAAGACGAGUCUCCUCAUUCUUGUGAUUUUUACCAUUUGCUUUGCUCCCAGCAAUAUUAUACUUAUUAUACACCAUGCCAACUACUACUAUAACACCGACGGCUUAUACUUUAUCUAUCUCAUAGCUUUGUGCCUUGGCAGUCUGAAUAGUUGCUUAGAUCCAUUCCUUUAUUUUCUCAUGUCAAAAAUCACAGAUCAGUCCACGGCUUAUCUUACAAUAGUGAAAUCACCAUAGAAAACGAUGGAAGCUAUCUGUGAAAACACACAUGCUUGGGACCACAUGUGUGUUAAGUGCAAGGAGCUCCAUUCUCCAGCUCCCUUUUGAAGUUCCUAAGAGACAGUGCUUCAAAUACAACACUAUCAGUAUUUUAUGAACAUCAAUGCAGGAGAAAAGUUAUCACCACUCUCUCUAUGGUAGUGGAUACAUUAACCUGACUGGCACUUUAAGCUCCUUAUCGCUCCCUCUUCCCUACUUCUAUAAGUUUCUACUCUAGAUGAAUCAAAGGAGAAUGGGACAAGGGACAAUGAUAAAAGCAUGGAGAGAAGCUAAUAUCUCAGAUUUUGGUACCUGGCAUCAUUUUUUAUUCUUCCAUUUUCAUGCUUGGGGGCUACCUCAUUAGCUGAUUCCACCUUUGUAAUAUCUCUUACUAGGAUCCAUUAUGUUAGUCCCAUCUUCGCCUUCCAACCAUUCUCUUCCCAGACAACCUAUCCUCCACUGCCAGAUUUUCCUUCCUCAAAUAUCAGUUUGAAUACUUCACUCAACCCUCCCCGCACAUCAACCUCACUGCAGCAUUAUUUAUGAUAACCAAGCCAUGAAAGCAACCCAAGUGCCCCUCCAUAGAUAA